CAGAAUACUAAAUAAAAGGAAACAGGGUAUGGCUGGCUUUGCAAGCCCUGUUUUAUGAGUUCUCUCGUCAGUACUGGAUGUUGAAGCAGUGGAGAACAAGUGUGAAUUGCUUGCCAGUCAAUCUGAAACAUGGAAAGAGAUUGACCAAAAGAGGAAUCAUGGCAGGUGGAGGGAAGACAAGUUCUGUACCAUAGUUAAAAAUCCAUUCCAGGAAUUAUACUAUGUUCAAGCAAGAUAUCCUUUGAGCAACACACCUUUUGGAGAGACAGAGCAGCAGCUAUCCCAAGGUCCAGAAGUGAGAGGCAGGUCCUCUCUUUGGGCCAAAGGAAGAGAGCCAUCUCAGCAGCCGGCUUCACAUCCUUCUGCUUUGGUUUGUGCUGAGUAUAGGUGAUAUUGCCACUCUCAUGAGCAGAAUGGAGUCUAAAGAAAGCACCCGAAGUGGAAACAAGACUGAUACCAAGACUGCUAGCUCAGCAAAGUCUGAGAAACCUCAUUCUGGGCCUACGGCAAGCACUGAUAAGAAAGAAGCACCCAAGGAGCAGCCAGCUCCUGCUGCCACCACCCCUGCAAAAAAGGGGGCCACAGCACCCAGCGAGGCAGCCAUGCUGAAUGACCACAGCAACCUGAAGCCUACCGCAGUGCCAGGAGCCGAGCGGCCUGAGGCAACUGCCCAUCCUGCCAACUCCGAGCAUAAAGAGAACAGUGCAGAAGAGUCGCCAGGGAGCGCCAUGUUUGAGAACAUAAAGCCCCUGCUCAUCUUCGGAGGGGCAGCAGUAGCUGCCAUAGCUGUGAUCAUAGGAGUAGCCAUCUUAGCUCGGAAAAAAUAGGAAACCUAAGGAAUACAGGGAACAGAAUUUCCCCUGGGUUGUGUACUGUUCCUUUUGACAUCAGUGCAUGCAAUCACUUCUAUACAUACUUAUAAAUAUGCAGUAUAUAGCAAGAGAGAGAUAAGUAGGUCUUGCUUAAGGUUAGUAUGCCAGGGUCCUGAAAAAAACAACAACCAGAUUUGUGUUUCCUGGUCAAUAGAUGCUAUUUUGUGUUUUCUUUCCAUAACUCCUCCCCAUCCCACUUUUUGGUCAGCUGUAAACUUGGUUCCAGCGUCAUUUUCAGAAUCCUUUGCUUUUAGUUGGGCCAUGGAAGAGCAGAUGAAAUAAACACUUUCUCUUGAAGAGGACUCAUCUAGUAUCCUGUAUCCAGCUCACUGAAAUACUUUCAAAGAUGCAUAAAAAAGGCAGCAUUUUCACGAAUCUGAAGACCACGUGAUCCCAUCCAGUAUUUAUCUAUUUUGGUUCAUUGUCAGAGCAUCGAAGUAUACUCUCACCCUAAAUUACAAAGUUCUCUUCAGAAUAGGAGAAGCUAUCAGAGUUCAAGAAGCAAGCUUAGCCUACUGAUAUUACUAACUAAAGCCCAGAAGGCAACAUCUUGGCUCACCAUCUGUCACACAAUGUCUACAAAGCACGGUACUAAAUAUAGUUUAGCCAUUGAUUGGAAUAGCUUUGGAACAUAGUAAAGUAGUCUUUCUCUACCAUUUAAAUGCAUGUUAAAUGCAAUACUGGCUAUGAAUUGGCCAAGUACCCUUUGUAGAAUUUAGAUACCUUUUAAAAAGUUUUUU